AUGCAGAGGAAAACGGGCUAUGAUGUCGAGGAGGACUUGAACCCGUGGCAAAGUUUCUACUCCGAAUAUCAUUUCGCGUUGACAGCUGGACGCAUCUAUGUAGCAGAUGCAAAAGCGGUUGCCUCCAAGGGCCGCGAUGCAGGCAAAGUCCUUGUCAUAUGGGAUGCGAUUGAGCGUGCGAAUUUGGACGACUGCUAUCUCAAGGACUACUCGUGCUGGGAAUAUGCACAGAUAGGCAAGACGUAUGAAUGGGAGGACCACUGGGUCCACCUUACCCUGAUCACGGCGAAGAAGUCUCCAGUUAGCGUACUGUGGAAAUCAAUGGUUAUUGGAGGUUUGUCAACGUUGUCAGAAAUCGUUUAUCAUAGGGCAACUACGUCAUUUUCUCUGCAACUUAAAUCAUGA